AUGUGGGCUGGAGUCAGAGCGCAGGAAGGCCCAGCGAAGACCGACAGCGUUUGCUUCACAAGGAAAGUCUCCAGUGUUAGACGCCGAUACAGCGAGUUUGUAUGGCUCAGGCAAAAACUGGAGGCAAACUCCCUGCUUAUGGUGAAGCUGCCAGAGCUGCCUCCAAAAAACCCUUUCUUUAGCCUGAACAAUGCACGGCAGAUCACGGAGCGGAUGAGGGGGCUGCAAAUGUUCCUGGAGCAAAUCCUUCAGAGCCCUUUGCUCCUGUCCGACAGCUGUUUGCACCUGUUCCUCCAGUCUCAGCUCUGCGUGGCCAAGAUGGAGGCAUGUGCGGCGGGGAGGACGGCGUACUCUGUGGCGCAGGCCGUGCAGCGCUGUGGCCUGAGGCGCUUCCACUCAGAGGAGGAGCUUCACCGCAGCAUCAGUCUGUCCUGCGACUGUCAACCAGAGAGCUCAGAGGACGCCGCGGCCAAGUCUUUGAUGCUAAACAAAUCCCGAAGUGCAGCAGUACUACAAUAUCCAGGCCUGGACCAAGAGGCAUGA